AUGUUAAAAAAUUUUAUUUUUAAGUCCAAAGUAUUCAAUGUUGCUAAUACUACCACCCCAUUUAUCUCAUCCAAUGGCGUUUGGAUUGGUUCAAGAUUCUAUUCAAUCGAGCAAUUAAAAAAGAAAACAAAUAAUCAAAAAAUCAUCAAAUGGGUUGAAGAACAAGCUAAGCUCUGUAAACCUGAUAACAUUUAUGUUUGUGAUGGUUCCGAACAAGAGUUUACAAAAUUUUGUAAUAAAAUGGUAGAUAAUGGUACAUUAACAAAAUUAAAUUCUAAAAGACCAAAUAGCUUUUUAGCAAGAUCAGAUCCAAAUGAUGUUGCAAGAGUUGAAAGUAGAACUUAUAUUUGUACUAAAAAUAAAGAAGACGCAGGACCAAACAAUAAUUGGAUGGACCCACAACAAAUGAAGAAUACAUUGAAACCAUUGUUUGAUGGAUCAAUGAAAGGAAGAACCAUGUACGUCAUGCCAUUUUCAAUGGGUCCAUUAGGUUCAGAUAUUAGCCACGUUGGUGUUCAAGUUACUGACUCUCCAUUUGUCGUUUGUAAUAUGAAAAUUAUGACACGUAUGGGUGAUCAAGUUUUAAAUCAAAUGAAGGAAAAUGACGAUUUUGUACCAUGUCUCCAUACUGUCGGUGCACCAUUAGAAAAAGGUCAAAAGGAUAGUCAUUGGCCAUGUAACACAACUAAAUAUAUUGUCCAUUUCCCAGAAGAAAGAGCCAUUCAAUCAUUUGGUAGCGGUUAUGGUGGUAACGCUUUGUUAGGUAAAAAAUGUUUCAGUCUUCGUAUUGCUUCAGCUAUGGCCAAAGAAGAUGGUUGGUUAGCUGAACACAUGCUUAUUUUAGGUUUAACAAACGAUAAAGGUGAAAAGAAAUAUAUUGCUGCCGCCUUCCCAUCAGCUUGUGGUAAAACUAAUUUAGCUAUGAUGUUACCAACCAUUCCAGGUUGGAAAGUAGAGACCCUCGGUGAUGAUAUCAAUUGGAUGGUAAGAAAGAAAGACGGUCGUCUCUAUGCCAUCAAUCCAGAGAAUGGUUUCUUUGGUGUUGCUCCAGGUACAUCAGCAUCAUCCAACCCAAAUGCCUUAAAAGCCAUCGAUAGAAAUACACUUUUCACCAAUGUUGCUUUAACCCCAGAUAAUGAUGUAUGGUGGGAAGGUUUAUCACCAGCUCCACAAAAGGCUAUUGAUUGGAAGGGUCAAGAAUGGACACCAUCCAAAGGAACUCCAGCCGCUCAUCCAAACUCACGUUUCACUGCACCAUUAAAUCAAUGCCCAUCCAUUGAUCCAGCUUGGGAUGAUCCAAAAGGUGUACCAAUCUCUGCUAUUAUUUUUGGUGGUAGACGUUCAUCUACUAUUCCAUUAGUUUAUGAAUCAUUCAAUUGGAAACAUGGUACCUUUAUGGGUGCCUCAACCGCUUCAGAACAAACUGCUGCUGCCGAAGGUACUGUUGGUGCAUUAAGACACGAUCCAAUGGCUAUGCUUCCAUUUUGCGGAUAUAAUAUGGGCGAUUACUUUAAACAUUGGUUAUCAAUAGAUAAUGAUCCAGCAACCUCAAAUAAACUUCCAAAGAUUUUCUACGUUAAUUGGUUCAGAAAAGAUAAAAAUAAGAAAUUCUUAUGGCCAGGUUUUGGUGAAAAUUCAAGAGUACUUCGUUGGGUCUUUGACCGUUGUAAUGCUAAAGGUGAAGAAAAAGCUGAAGCCACCGCCAUUGGCUACAUCCCAUCCAAAGAAGCUCAAAAAGAAUUGGCUGAUGGUUUAGAUAUCUCUAAAGAUGCCAUGAGAGAACUCUUCACUCUCAACAAGGAUGAAUGGUUAAGUGAUCUUCAAAGUAUGAGAAAAUAUACUCAACAAUUCGGUAAUAGAUUACCAAAUGAAAUUACAAAUCAAAUGAACAAAUUAGAAGAUAGAAUCAAUAAAGAUUUAUAA